UUAACAGCUUCGAUGUUGCGUCUGAGGAAUAGAGUCAUAGAAUAAAACUAAUUCUGGCUUUUCCGAGAUAAAGAAUCUGUGGCAUAUACGCCACACCUUCUUUUCUUCUUCAAUUAACGAUCGAUUUGAAAUCAAAUUUCUGAUACAUUUUGAGAACGGGAAAAUGGAGAUCGAUGAAGCAAUCAGAGAGAGCGAUGAUCGAAGGCUGAAGACCAAGUACAACAACGCCAUCUAUGUUGUUCGGAGAGCUCUCGCUUUGUACUCUGUUGAAGAGGUUGCCUUAAGCUUCAAUGGAGGAAAGGAUUCAACUGUCUUGCUGCACCUACUUAGGGCUGGCUAUUUUUUGCAUAAAAGGGAACAAAGUCAUUCAAAUGGGGUUUUAACAGAUCAUGAAGUUGCAUUUCCAAUUCGAACAAUAUAUUUUGAGAGCCCUUCUGCUUUCCCUGAAAUCAAUUCAUUUACUUAUGAAACAGCCACUACCUAUGGUUUGCAAAUGGACAUCAUUCGUCUAGAUUUCAAGUCUGGUUUGGAGGCCCUAUUAGAGGCUAAACCAAUCAGAGCUAUUUUUCUUGGUGUCCGAAUCGGCGAUCCUACUGCGGUAGGUCAAGAACAAUUCUCUCCUAGUUCACCUGGAUGGCCACCUUUUAUGAGAGUGAACCCAAUCUUGGAUUGGUCUUACAGGGAUGUGUGGGCCUUUCUUUUAGCUUGCAAGAUUCCAUACUGCAGUCUUUAUGAUCGAGGUUAUACUUCAAUUGGGAGCAUACAUGACACGGUUCCAAAUGCCUUGUUGUGCGUCAACAAUUCUUCCAGUAGCAAAGAAAAGUUUAGACCUGCAUAUCUGCUUUCAGAUGGUAGAUUAGAAAGAGCAGGGAGAGCAAAAAAGUUUUCUUUGCCAGUUUGUAGACCUGCAUAUCCUGCUGUUAGCAAUGGCAUGAUCAGUGUGGAUUCAAAUAAAAACAGCACGCUUACUGCCACUGUCAUUGGUGUGGGGGAUGAGAUCUUGUUUGGCACUGUUGAGGAUGAAUUGGGACCUUCAUUGUGUAGAAAGCUCCAUUCUAUAGGUUGGUCAGUGUCACAAACUGCUGUCCUUCGAAAUGAUGUAGACUCUGUAGCUGAAGAAGUAGAACGAUGGAAGUCCACUAAUGAUGUGCUAUUUAUCUAUGGAGGGGUUGGUCCAUUGCAUUCAGAUGUUACAUUAGCUGGUGUAGCAAAGGCUUUUGGUGUUCGUCUGGCCCCUGAUGAAGAAUUUGAAGAAUAUCUUAGGCAUCUUAUAGGUGACCAUUGCACUGGUGACCGGAAUGAGAUGGCUCAAUUGCCUGAGGGUAUUACUGAAUUACUGCAUCAUGAAAAGCUGUCUGUGCCUUUGAUCAAGUGUCAAAACGUAUUCAUUCUUACCGCAACAAAUGUUACUGAACUGGACAAGGAGUGGGACUGUCUGAUUGAAUUAACAAGGUCUAGUGGCCUGCUGGUAUUGAUGGAACCAUUCCUAUCGAAGCGCAUGACAACAAAUCUUUCAGACGUGGAAGCUGCUCAAGCGCUAUCUAAAUUGUGCUUUGAGUUCCCAGAUCUUUACAUUGGGUGUUAUCGCAAAUCCAGACUCGCACCUCUCAUAAUUAGCUUUGAAGGAAAGGACCAAACAAGACUAGAAUCAGCCGUGGAAGCAUUGUCCAAGAAGUUCCCAGCAGGGCAAAUCUCUGAGGCAAACUGAAUGAAGACUGAUGGGAUCAUUGAAGGAUUGUCUGCAAAGCUUCAGGAACCCGAACAGCUUAUAAGAUAGCUGCAUUUGACUACUUUGGCUCCUGAAUCUAUGGUGUGAGGACCUCCUAUUCAGAGUUGAGACAGUAUGAAGUGUUAAAUGGAAUUGCAAUUGGGAAGGGAAAAAUAAAGGAGUCAGAAAAGAAAAUAAAGAAAGUAUAAAUGGCCCAUAAUUGGGCAGCUCUUAUUUAUGUAGUCCUGACGAACAGGCUGGUAUAAGAAGAAAAAAAAAAAAUAGUAAUUUUAGUCUUUUUAAAUACUUGAAAGGCCUCUUUGGGUUCAUAUUUGAACCAUUAGCUUUAUGUUACUAACUCAAUAUAGCAAGAGCUGUAACCCCUGGCAUUCUCUCAUUUCAGUUGCUAAUUUGCUCAAAUUAUAUCAUUCCUCAAUUAAGAAAUCGGUCUUCACUUA